AUCACUUGGCAUUCUAUUUUUCCUCGCAGAUUGGAAAUCCACUGUUUCCCAUAAGAUGGAUUCGUUUAAGAAGCAAACUCCAGACUACACUGACAUUGCAUACAAGGAGGCAGUUGCAAGACUCAGAUACCUGCUAGCAGAGUCGUAUUCACCACACUCAUCUCCCACCAAGAGCUUUCAGAUUCAGAGGGCUGAUGAUAGUGGAGAUGAAGUAGAAUCUGUGGCAUUAAGUGAGAGGUCUCGUCAUCAACACCAGCAUUUCUUGCCCCCAUACCGAGCUCCCCAGUAUGGCUCCAAGCGUGCACUCUACACAGACCCCACAACGAAACUUCCCCAUACUUACAGUACCCAGAACUUACCAUCAACAGGAAUAACAGAGGGGCAGGACACAACUUUGAAACCUGAGGGAUCUCUGCCUCCUCCUGAGCUCAUGGCAUUUAUUGAGCGGCAAGAGGAAUAUAUUGAACAGUUGGAAAAGGAGUCGCAGUACUGUAGGGAUGAAUUAGCUGCAUUGUUGAGUAAAGUGAAGGAAGUUAUAUCAGAGAAUGAAGGUCUGCAUGAGAGGGAGAAGGCUGGCCUGCUCAAGUCUGUUUUUAACUGCUUUGAAACAGGAGAUGAAGAUGUUCAAGAGAUGGAGCCUGAAGGAAAGCUUGAAAAACAGAAGUUACAGAGCAGCAAGAAGCAGCGUCUUGAAGGCCCAAGCAUUGUGUUUGAGUCACGGAUAAGUGAGCUUGAAGCACAGCUAACUCAGACUAAAAUGGACCUGAGGAAGGCCUUAGAAGAAGCUGACCUUUGCAAGAAGAAGCUAGCUGACCAACCACUCAGCUUUGAAAUGCACAGCCCAUCUAGUGCUGCAGGCUGUGACAGUCACCGGCAACAGAUUGAAAAUUUACAGAGGGAGAAGAAUGAGCUGAAUGAGAGCCUGAUGAAGCUGCAGGGUGCUGUCACACAGUUCCGUGAAAAGGAAGCAGAAGCAUCACUCAAAGUGAAGCGCAGCCUGGACAUUGUGGACCAGGCCCAGUUCGAGAAAGCACAGGCUGAACUGGAGGUGAGACGGCUGAAGGAUGAGCUGGACCGACAGCAUGAGAAGCUGCGAGAAUUGUUACAGGAGCAGGGACGCAAGGUGCAAGAUGAACGAAUGCAGCUGGAGCGACGCUAUACACAACAGAUGGAACAACUCAGCACUGACCUUACAUCUCAGUGGGAUUCCUCCAGCAAGUUGCAACUGGAGCUGGAGAAACAGCGCCGUGUUGAAGUUGAUCUCCGCAGAGACCUCCAGCAGAAGACAGUGAUGAUUGAAGAAUUAAAAAAGGAGCUCCAGAAUAAGAUUGGCUUGCUACAGGCAGAGCUCGUGCAGGCAGCUGUGGAUCGUGGAUCUCUGGAGCAGGAGCUGGCUUCCAGCAAACUGGCAGUUGAGCGGGCAGAGCGUGAUGGCAGGCAGGAAGUAUCCAAACUUCAGGCAGAAGUUGCUGCUCUGCGGCAGCGUCUGGACCGAGCUGAUGCUGAUCUGAUGCACAGCCGAAGGGAGAAUCUGCGACUUGCAGAACAAGUUGCCUCACUUGAGAGAGAGGUGAACCUUGCCAAAAUGACAAAGGAGAAUGCUGAUAGAUCUUCCUCUUCUCCCUCCAAACAAAAGACAGGACAGAGGGAAAAGGAGCUGACAGCAAUGAUCAUGGACAUGGAAACUAAGCACGUCCAAACUGUUGCUGAACUUGAAGGCAUGAUUCAGUCCCAGAACCAAGUGAUGGAAAAACUGAAAGACGAGUGUCACUCACUUACAGAGAAGCUGGAGGAGUCCUCCAACAGACACAAGCAUGAGAGGGCCUCCUUAAGAGAGGAGAAUGCCAUGUUGAUGGAUAAGCUUGAGCAACUGUGGAAGAUUCAGAAGCAGCAGCAGCAGCACCUUCUUGUAGCAAGUAGUGAACAGGCACUGCACGAGCAGAUGAUGACACAUAUGCCAGAGACUCCACUGAGUCACAGAUUCAUCCCAGAUCCAAACAGUAUGACCCUGAGCAGUACAACCCUCAGCAAUAUCAACAGUACCAACCUGAAUCCAGCGAUGACCAAUAUCAACUUGGGCCAAGCCAACAGCAGUAUCAGUCUGAGCUCAGUCAACAAGAAUACCAAUCUGAAUCCAACCAACAGCAGUAUCAGCCUGAGCUCAGCCAACACCAGUACCAACAUGAAUCCAACCAACAGCAGUAUCAGCCUGAGCCCAGUGAGCCAGCCACCAGUGAAUCUCUCAGUGCCAAGGAGUCAUUUCUCCCACCUCAGCCUCAGUUCAUGGAGGCAUGAAGUUGUGGAACCACUGCCACCACCACCUCCUCCACUCACAUUAGAAGAUUUGGCUACUGACAGUGAUUCGUGAGACUUGCCGUCUGCACAGCUUUGUAUCUUCAAAACACUGUUACAAUGGCAGCUGCACAGUUGCCACUAGCAAGUGUUUGUGGAGGUAGGAUCAUCUUUCCUACAUAUUUCACCUAUAAGAAAUUCUUAGUCUGUCAUGAGGUCUGGUUUCCCAUAGUAGUCCCAUAGUAGUAUUUUGCCUGACCCUUUCAAACCCUGGACACAGGUCAAGACAUCUCAUGUCACAUAAUACCUAAGCUUCUGAAUUCUGUACUGCAUAAAUGUGCCAAGUCUGUCUAUGAUACAGUUAAUUUCUGAUACAAGAAUGCAUUACAAGAUGGAGAUUGGAGCAGCAGAAGAGAAACAAGAAGAUAAAUUUCAAUAUUUUUACAUUAUCUCCAGAGUUGUAUUCUGAAACUUGUAACUCUAUAUAAAUAUUUAUUUGUGAUCACAUGGGUCUGAGAGGGCUAGAGUAUGAACUAAAAUGUGUCUUACACCUUUUUUUACUUUAUCUAAUUUUACUUCUUUUGAUAGACUGAGAUGAGACAUUAUUAUAAUUAUCAUCAAUACUGUUGAAGUUUCAUGGGUAUCAAAUCAAUGUAUAUAAUGUACCUUGCUGAUACAUUGAGUAUAAUAUGUUACUGGACUUCAUAAAUAGGAAACAGGCCUGAUGACAUGCAUAGUUUUAGAGGGUCAGUUGGGGCCUGGGACACAUGAUUGUGUUGGACAUACAAAAUCAAGGAAACUAUUUGGUCAAGUCACUUUGAAACUAUUAAGAAGUAUCACUAUAUUUUAUCAUUGUAAGGAAUGUGAUAGAGUGGUAUUCCAAGAACAAAGUGUGAUUAGCGUUGUACAAACUGCAUACUGAUUAUGAAUGCCUUCUGUAUCUAUCCUAAAUUUAAAGUUAGAAGAAACAUGCUUCUUGCCACUGUCUGUAUUUGUACACAUUAAGAAACUGCUUAAUUUGACAGCCUUUUUAUAAAAUGAAUUGGUGAAACUUAAUUUGGUUCAUACUGGAAAAGUUGAGUAACUGCAUUAUGUGAAAGUACAGUCUGGUUAUAACAAAAUUUUAAUUAGGAGUUCACAGAAUGUGAUAAGAUUAGGAUUUCUCAACAUGUUUACACCUGGGCAGCUCUGAACCUGCACUGGCUGGCCACUUUGCAGUAACAAACCAUUGUGAGAUUUUAAAAUGUUUACUUCUCAUUUUGGAACAUGUGAGUGUGUUAUAACUUGACACUUACCUUUCUAUAAAAAAAAAAUCUGCUUUCUAGCUGCCACAGUAUUCCAAAAAGUGAAGCAAAUUUUGUUUCUGGUUAAAUUAGAUUUUUUUUAGCUCAGUGAAAUGCCUUUUUGUGUGUAUCAGUGCUUAACAUGUCUGCUUUCUAUAGAGCCGUUAGCUAUAGACAUCUGCCAAGAAAUAUGUGUACAAGAUUUUAAAUAAGGUAUUGUGUGAUUCUGUAGGCAAUUUCAGAACUCACAGAACCAAGAACAUGCCUUCUAGCUAUGAGUGUUUUAAUAAAAUACAAAUCCAAAAUCAACCAUAUUGAACUACUGGGCAUUCAUUUUUACUCUGAAGACCAUAUCAUUGUAUACUGUCUGAUUUUAAUUAAAUUUAAUAUUGGGACUAUUUCAAACCCAGGAAUAUCACCCAAGAGAGAAGUAAUUUUCAAGCAUUUUUUAGCAUUCUUCAAAUUGCGAACUUUCACGCAAAAUGUAUAUAAAGAUUUUAUUUCAUAUACAUUACUGUCAUGAUCAGUCAUGUUUGAAAACAUGGCAAUAGUUGCCUAAAAUGUGUGUAUAUUUCACAUGGCAUUGUUAUCAGAUACUUCUGGGUAUGUGAUAGGGUACUUUAUCUCUGAUAAAAAGUUUUGAGAUACAUUCAAGACAAAGUUCAGAGUUGAGAUUUUGUAUUUUCAUGUCUUCUGUUUUUCCCAUUUCCCCCCCCCCCCCAUUGUGGGCCCUUAAGUACUUCAUGAAAUUGACACAGUAUACAAUAAUACAGAUGGCAGUAGUUCCCAGACCCCAAUUAAUACUUGUGUAUUCAUGGUAUUUGUACUUAAAUUAUCUCACUUCUCUCAGAAGUUGUACUUUCUAGCUAAUUUAAUUACGAAGUGUAUAUUGGUUAGUAUGCAGGCUGGAAUUUGUACACUACAAGGUAGGUCUCAGAGACCUUGCAAAUUAAAUGAACUGAGCAGAAGAUGAUGUUUGUUCUGUCAGUUUAUAGCACUGCUUCAUUAGAUGUUCAUCACUACUUUAGAUCUGCUUGAUGAUUGUAUCAAAGCAGUAUGGCCCAAAGGGGGCACACCUUUCCCACUGUGUACUUCUGGAUUGGAGGCUCAUUUGGUUUGGAAAUUAUGGUUGUCUAAGGCAGAUUUUGUCUGUGCUGUCAUCUGUAUCCUCCUUCUAAUCACAACUCAUGGUAAAUAAUUUAACUGAUACAUUAUCAUUAUGCUACCAUAUAAUUUAGUAUGUAACUUUUGCUGACCAGUUUUGGUAUACUGCAUGCACAAAACCUAACAAAUGGAGUCCAUUAUAGCUGUUUUGAUAUUAGUGAGAUGGGUAGGAUUUACAGGUGUUGGGAUUUUUGGGGAUAGAGAUAACCCCCUCCC